AUGAUCUCGUCCCUCCCGCCAGACCACCCACCGAUCCCGACCACGUCGUCCCAGUCGUUCCCGACCGUGCCGCCCCCGGCGUGCCCGAUGAGCCUCCUCGCGCAGAGUCGCCCGAGCCGCACCCCGGACGAGGCCGGACACCCGUACGCCGGCGAGGUCUUUACCCUCGGCACCCGCAACUCGAAACUCGCCAUGGUCCAGACCGAGAUUGUCCGCCGCGAGCUCGAGCAGCGGUGGCCUGGGUGCGAGAUCCGCAUCUUUGGCAUGACGACGCUUGGUGACAACGUGCAGACGCAGCCGCUGUACACGUUCGGCGGCAAGGCCCUGUGGACCAAGGAGCUCGAGGUCGCCCUCCUGAACCACCAGGUCGAUGCCAUCGUGCACUCGCUCAAGGACGUCCCGACCGAAUUCCCGCCCGGGUGUGAGCUCGGCGCCGUCCUCGAGCGCGAAGACCCGAGCGACGCCCUCGUCGUCAAGGAGGGUCUCCCGUACACGUCGCUCGCCGAGAUGCCCGAGGGCAGCAUCAUCGGCACGAGCUCGGUGCGCCGCGUCGCUCAGCUGCGCCGCAAGUUCCCGGGCCUGCGCUUCGCCGACGUCCGCGGCAACCUCGGCACUCGCCUCAAGAAGCUCGACGACCCGGCAUCGUCGUACACGGCCCUCAUCCUCGCCUCGGCCGGCCUCAUCCGCCUCAACCUCGGCCAUCGCAUCACGGCGCCCGUCACGUCCCCCUCGCUGUACCACGCCGUCGGGCAGGGCGCGAUCGGGAUCGAGGUGCGCGAGGGCGACGCGCGCUCGUCCGACAUCAUCGGCAGCCUCGAGUGCUGGAAGACGAGCUGGACGACGCGCGCCGAGCGCAUGAUGCUCCACGUCCUCGAGGGCGGGUGCUCGGUCCCCGUCGGGUGCGAGACGACCCUCACCGAGGUCUUUGUCCGCGGCGGCGAGGGCGACACGCCGCCGCCCGACGACGCCGUCCUGUCCAUGUCGCCGACGAGCACGACGAGCGGCGGCAAGUUCAAGCCCGACACGCACGGCCUGAGCGUCACGCGCGACCCGGCCGCGCCGCCCAACCCGGUCAGCCCCGAGAUGGUCAUCGACGCCCCGCCGCUGUCCAUGUCGCCCCGCAGCGCCGCGUUCGCGCUCCCACCGCCCUCGUCCGCCACGGCCCAGGCCGCCGCGUCGUACCGCAUCGCCGAGCCGGACGACACGACGGGCAUUCCCGACGGGCACCCGGCCGUCAACCCGGCGCACGUGUGCCCCGUCACGGGCCGCAUGCUCCCCGGCGCCAAGCCCCUCUCGCCGCCGUCCGCCGGCGCGCCACACCUCGCCGGCGGCUCGCCCUUGUCGCCCGUGUCGCCCAUCGGCGCCGCGCAGCCGCAGCGCGCCGAGGACAUGGUGAUCCCGCCGCUGCACGCGUGCACGCACCGCCCGGGUCGCACGCCGCACUGCCCCGGCGCCGCCGCCGACGACGAGCUCACGCACCACGCGACGCUCACCCUCACGGGCACCAUCACGUCGCUCAGCGGCACGCACGCCGUCAUGUGCACCCUGUCGCGCCGCGUCCACUCGCGCGACGACGCAGAGCAGCUCGGCGCCGACGUCGCGCGCGAGCUCGUCGAGGGCGGCGGGCGCGAGAUCUUGACCGAGCUUGGGCGCCACGUCAAGGAGGUUGGCGGUGGCGACGAGGCGCACGACGGCAAGGAGAUCCCGGUCGAGGCGCCCGGCGCGCUCCCGAGUCCGGGUCAGAGCCCGCUCGGCGCGCCCACGGCCGCACCUGUCGCCAUCCCGCUCACCAACGGGCACUCGAACAGCAACGGCAGCGCCGUCGCGCUCUCGCCGACGUCGCCCUCGGCGGCGGCAGCGCUGAGCAAGAGCCCGGCCAAGAGCCCGCACUCGCUCCGGACCGUGUUCAGGGGCGACGGCGGCGAGAAGUGCCCGCGGCCGGCAGGCUGGUAGACGGAGGAGCGUAGACGAGCGAGGGCAGACGCGGCCGCAGCUUUGCUAGACGAGCGUCGCGCUGUAACGACGAGAAGCACUUGCUCCACUCUC